AUGGGUUCAAUUGCUGUCUCUCAGGACAGCCUCCCGUACGCUGGCCCCAAGGCGGCUAAGCAGAAGGCAGUUAAGUCAGUCGGCAAGCAUGGCGUUGACAUCAUUGAUGUUCGACGAGUUGCGGUUGAAACAAACUUGAAAGACGACAUCCUCUCCAUGUGGAACCCCACAAACGGACCCCGGAGGCUCCCAACCUUGCUCCUCUACAACGAACGGGGCCUGCAGUUGUUCGAAGAUAUCACAUAUCUCGAAGAAUAUUACCUCACCAACAAUGAGAUUGAAGUUCUGAACCGUUCCUCGAGAGAGAUUGCGCAGAACAUAUCGCCGGAGUCCAUGGUCAUUGAGUUGGGGAGUGGCAAUCUUCGCAAAAUUGGGAUUCUGUUGCAGGCUUUCGAGGAUGCCGGGAAGAAGAUUGACUAUUACGCCCUGGACCUCUCACGCGAAGAGUUGGAGCGCACCUUGGCGCAAUUGCCGGAGUUUCGACACGUUCAAUGCCACGGACUGCUGGGUACCUACGAUGAUGGUCGAGAGUGGUUGAAAAAGCCCUUCAACUUGGCCCGCCCCAAGUGCAUCGUAAGCCUUGGAUCUAGUAUCGGCAACUUCGAGCGCUACGACGCAGCUGGGUUUCUGAAGCAUUUCAGCGAUGUCCUCGCGCCGUCAGACAAGAUGCUUAUUGGUUUGGACGGAUGCGGCGAUCCAGCGAAGGUCUAUCACGCCUACAAUGACAAAUAUGGGAUCACUCACGAGUUCAUCCUCAAUGGACUUACCAAUGCGAACGAGAUUCUCGGCCAAGAAGCUUUCAAGCUCAAAGAUUGGGAGGUCAUUGGAGAGUAUGUCUACGACGACGAGGGUGGCCGCCAUCAGGCUUUCUUCUCUCCAGUCCGAGACACAUACGUUUUGGGUACCUUAAUCAGGCAGCAUGAGCGAAUCCAGGUCGAGCAGAGCCUGAAGUACUCCCAACGUGGAGCCGAAAACCUUUGGAGCAUGGCAGGUCUGGUAGAGACCGGCCGUUGGACCAAGGGCGAUGAGCAUGGAUUACACAUGAUCUCGAAGAGAAAGAUGCCUUUCAGCCUGCUCCCCGAUCUCUAUGCAUCGUCUCCCUGUCCUUCGUUGAACGACUGGGAGGCGUUAUGGACGGCCUGGGACGCCGUUACGCAGAGCAUGCUUCCCAGAGAAGAGUUGCUGGAUAAGCCAAUCAAACUUCGGAACGCCUGCAUCUUCUACCUCGGUCAUAUCCCCGGCUUCUUGGAUAUCCAAUUGACAAAGACAACCAAGAAACCAGCCACUGAGCCGGCGCAUUUCCAGCCAAUGUUUGAGCGAGGCAUUGACCCCGAUGUCGACAACCCCGAGAAGUGCCACUCUCACUCCGAGAUUCCGGACGAAUGGCCUGCUGUCGAAGAGAUCAUCGAGUACCAGCGGAGCGUGCGCUCGAGACUCCGAAGUCUUUACAAAGACGGUAUCAAUAAUAUUCCCAGGCCAAUUGCACAAGGCAUUUGGGUCGGCUUUGAGCACGAGAUCAUGCACAUGGAGACUCUCCUCUACAUGAUGAUCCAAAGCGACAAGACUCUUCCGCCGCCUGAUGUCGAGCGUCCGGACUUCAAGCGCCUAGCCCAGAAGGCUCACCAGGCACGUGUUGCUAACGAAUGGCACGAUGUUCCCGCUCAGUCCAUCAAGGUCGGCAUGGACGAGCCUGCACUUGAUGCCGGCAUCAACGGCUACUUUGGGUGGGACAAUGAGAAACCGUCCAGAAGAGUCGAUGUUCACUCAUUCCAGGCCAAGGGUCGGCCGAUCACUAAUGAGGAGUACGCACAAUACAUGUUCGAGAACCACAUCGAGCAGGUUCCCGCUUCUUGGGCUGAUGUUCACGCGUCGGAGUCCGACACCGAGACGAACGGUCACACGAACGGCUUCGGCAACGGCCACUACAAUGGACACUCUAACGGUCACACCAAUGGACACGCCAACGGGCAUGCAAACGGACACACAAAUGGUCACGUCAAUGGGAACACAAACGGUGCGAAGAAUGGCGUCAACGGUCACAGAAACGUUUCUCUCCCCGAUUCGUUCCUCGAGGGCAUGGCUGUUCGCACAGUCUACGGUCUUGUGCCGCUCAAGUAUGCUCUGGACUGGCCCAUGUUCGCAUCUUACGAUGAGCUGUCCGGUUGCGCCGCAUGGAUGGGCGGUCGUAUGCCAAGCUUCGAGGAGGCCCGAAGCAUUUACACAUACGUCCACAACCUGAAGAAGAUGGAAGCUGAGCGCACUCUCGGACGAACGGUUCCGGCAGUCAACGGACAUCUCUCCAACGACGGUGUUGAGGAGACACCCCCAAAGCUUGCCUCUCUCGAGGCCGAGAAGGCUCGCUCUGAGCUCUUCAUGGACCUCGACGGCGCCAAUGUUGGCUUCCAACAUUGGCAUCCCGUCCCCGUGACAGCCAAUGGCGGUCGUCUCGCGGGACAAGGCGAGCUCGGUGGCGUCUGGGAGUGGACCAGCACGCCCCUUGCUCGGCAUGAAGGCUUUGAGCCCAUGCCUUUGUAUCCCCAGUACACUGCCGACUUUUUCGAUGGCAAGCACAACAUCGUCCUCGGUGGCUCUUGGGCUACUCACCCGAUCAUCGCUGGACGCCGAUCCUUUGUCAACUGGUACCAGCGCAACUACCCCUACGCCUGGGCCGGUGCUCGUAUUGUGAGGGACAUCAAAUAA